AUGAAGCUGAAUCCUACAAAGUGUGCAUUCGGAGUUUCCUCUGGGAAGUUCCUCAGUUAUAUGGUGUCAAACCGAGGGAUUGAGGCCAACCAAGAAAAGAUUCGAGCAAUCUUGGAUAUGCAGUCCCCGAAGAAUAUGAAGCAACUUCAACAACUGGCAGCUCUUAUCCAAGAAGAGGAGGGCGUGCAAAAGCCGGUAUACUUCAUCAACCGAGCUUUGAGAGGAGCCGAGGAGAGAUAUCCCCAGUUGGAAAAACUCGCCUUUGCUCUCAUUAUAGCGUCAAGGAAACUUCAGCUGUACUUCCAAGCUCACACAAUAAGGGUUCUUACCGAAUACCCACUAAAGGAGGUCAAGCGUUGGCAGACUUUCACUUAUCUGCCAGACACAGAGCAAUGGCCAAGGGAUGAGACAUGGGUAGUUUACGUGGAUGGGUCAUCAACAAGAAAGCAUGGUGGGGCUUGGGUGGUCCUAAUUACCCCAGAAGGUGAAGAGUUGCGUAGUUCCUUGAAGCUGGAAUUUAAAACUACCAACAAUGAAGCCGAAUACGGGGCAGCAAUAACUGGACUCGGCUUGGCCCGAGAGAUGGGAGCUGAGUUUAUUCAGCUACGAAGCGACUCUCAAGUGAUUGUCGGACAUAUCCGAGGGGAGUUCAAAGCCAAGGGAGACAAGAUGAAGCUGUACUUAUUAAAAGUACAGGAUUUGCAGGAUUCUUUCAAAAAAUUCUGCAUUGUAAAAAUCCCAAGGGAAGAAAAUAAAAGGGCGGACCAUCUCGCUUGCAUAGCAUCGACAGUGGAACUCAUGGGGGAAUUUGAAGAACUAGUUCAAAUUCUAUCCGAACCUGCCAUAACCGAGGUGAUCUCGGUCUCGGCAGUAGAGGUAGUGCCUGAUUGGCAAAAGGAAGUGGUGGAAUAUGUGGAAAUAGGAACUCUCCCUUCAAAAAAGAAGUCGGCUGUCCAGCUAAGGAAAAAAGCUGCUAGAUUUACCAUGGUAAAUGAAACCUUAUACAAACGAGGUUUCAUGUUACACCUUUUGAAGUGCGUCUCCAAAGAAGAAGGUAAUUACAUCCUUCGUAAGAUUCACGAAGGUAUCUAUGGGAGUCAUUUAGGCGCAAGAAUGUUGGCACAUAAGGCAGUCCGAGCAAGUUUUUAUUGGCCUAACAUGACUCGAGACUCGAUGGAGAUGGUCAGAAAUUGCGGCAAGUGCCAACGUUUCGUUAACCCAAGAAACCCCAAAGGAGUUACGCUCGGUCUCCUCACCAUGGCCCUUCUCACAAUGGUGGGUAGAUCUAGUGGGACCAUUACCUCAUGGAAAAGGGGAUGUUCGGAAAAACAAGACCAAGCCCAAGAAACCAUGUCAGUAUACCAAGAAAGAGUAGCUCGGUACGUCAACAAGAGGGUCAAGCAUCGAAGCUUCAAAGUUGGAGAUCUGGUCUUGCGAAAAGUUACCAUCGCUACCAAAGAUCCAGCUGAGGGCAAGCUAGCUCCCAAUUGGGAAGGACCUUACAAGGUGAUCGAGUGCCGAAGAGCGGGAGCAUUCUACCUCGAGGACCUCGAAGGAAAGCCACUCCCCAGGCCAUGGAAUGCCGAGCAUCCUAAAAAAUAUUUUGUCUAA